AACACCUCUCGCUCUCCGGAGCAAGGUCAGCCCCUGUGGGUUUCCACCUCCCGUGCUCCUCGCUCGCUCCUGCCAGCCUCGGUCCUCCGGGUCACUGUCCAGCCGCCGCGGCCUCGGCCCCCGCGACUCCCGCCCCGCAUCCCCCCUCCCUCCCCGGGCAGAUGCUCCCCUCCCUCCCCAGAACAGCUGAAGGUCUCAGUCACCUCCGAGGGGAGCGCAGGGGGAGGGGAGGGGAGGGGGUGGGGAAGCCUUGACGUCGCUGCCCGGGACCCGGCCCGGUACUGGUAGGGGCUGGGGCGUCCGUCUGAGAGCCCCCUCCCCAAAGUCCCACCUCCCGGGCGCGCGCCGGCGGCUGCGGGUAAAGUCUCUCCGAAAGCGUGAAGGGGGAUUGGAGAUUUUAUUUUCCUUUGUGCCCGCGACUGGGGCCGGAUCGAGGCGGCCGGGCCGGGGGCCGCGGGAUUGGGGCUCCCCCCGGAGCGGCGAGGAGCGCAACAAAGGAUGCGCCGCACCGGGGUCACCGUCCCCGCGGCCCAACUUUGCGCGCGGCGCCCGAGUCCCCGGGGAGCCUGCCCGCUGCGCUGAGAACCCAGGCGUCCGGGCUGAGCCAGGGCUUGGGGGCGUCCGCAGGCGGCGCUUUCCCCGCCCCCGGCCCCCAGGAAGGGAUCCCGGAGCUUCCCGGAGGCAACGGGUGGCCGAGCCGUGCAAGGAGAGCGCGCUGCCCGCGGAAACUCCGCGGAUGCCCCUCGCUCUGGCUGGACGACCCCGCGCUCCGCGUUCAGGGCCCUACGGGGCGCCCCCUUCCCCCGCCGUCCUUCCAGAGCCGGGCUAAGUGGCCAGGUUUGGGGUGACACUCGCUCAAAUGGCCAAGUGGCUACGAGACUACCUGAGCUUUGGCGGUCGGAGGCCCCCUCCGCAGCCGCCCACCCCCGACUACACGGACAGCGACAUCCUGCGGGCCUACCGGGAACAGAAGGAUCUGGACUUUGAGGACCCCUAUGAGGAUGCAGAUGGCCGCCUAGAGACCGACUCCGCGGGGCCCGGGGACUCCAAGGGCCCUGGAGAAACCAAGUACGACUCUCCAAAGCACCGGCUCAUCAAGGUGGAGGCAGUUGACAUGUCCAGAGCCAAGGUCUUGCUGGGCAGCCCCCGGGAAGAGUUGGAGGUCGACACCGAGUACUCGGACCCUUUUGAUGCCCAACCUCACCCGUCACCCCCGGAUGACGGCUACAUGGAGCCCUACGAUGCCCAGCGAGUCAUGAGCGAACUGCCAUACAGGAGGGUGCAGCUGUAUGACACUCCCUAUGAGGAGCAGGACCAAGAUCUGGGAGAUGGGCCUCCUUCAGGGUGGAAACCUCGGCAGAGCCGGCUGCCCCAGGAGGAUGAACGGCCAGCAGACGAGUAUGACCAGCCCUGGGAGUGGAAGAAAGACCACAUCUCCAAGGCAUUUGCAGUGCAAUUUGACGGUCCAGAGUGGGAAAGAACCUCAGGCUCAGCCAAGGAACUCCGGAGACUCCCGCCCCGAAGCCCCCAGCCUGCAGAGCGCGUGGACCCGGCCCUGCCUCUGGAAAAACAGCCGUGGUUUCACGGCCCGCUGAGCCGGGCAGAUGCCGAGAACCUCCUGUCGCUCUGCAAGGAAGGCAGCUACCUCGUGCGGCUCAGCGAGACCAGCCCCCAAGACUGCUCCCUAUCCCUCAGGAGCAGCCAGGGCUUCCUGCAUCUGAAGUUUGCUCGGAUCCGAGAGAACCAGUUCGUGCUGGGUCAGCACAGCGGCCCCUUCCCCAGCGUGCCGGAGCUGGUGCUCCAUUAUAGCUCCCGCCCACUGCCCGUGCAGGGCGCUGAGCAUCUGGCCCUGCUGUACCCCGUGGUCUCACAGACCCCCUGACUGAGCCUCAGCCCCCCGCCCUGGGCUGUGAGGACCCAGAUCAGUGGCUGCAAACGGUGGAGGUCUUCCCAGUCCUGGAGAAGGCUGGAUGGAGAGAACCCCGCCCCUGCCCCUCCAGGCUCUGGGUCUUCAUCAGAGCCGCCCUGCUCAGCCUCCUUCUAGGUUCUAGGGAUUAGAAUUGUGUCUCGAAGCCCUCCUCUGGCCUGGAAAAUAAAUAAGUUAU